CCCCGUCCCUUGUCCCCACGUCCCGUCCAUUCCUCUACUGGCUACUAGAAGGGAAACCCACCAUGCCGCGUUAUGUGCAAAAACGCUUGCUCUCUUUCAUGGUCCUCCGAUAGUGGUGAAGAUGGCAAUGAUGCCACGUCCGCAGCCCCCACUCCCACUGGAUCACAGAAGAGACCGUAGACCAGACCAGCCCAAAGACACCGGAGAUGGAGACAACGACGGUAUACCAGCUCUCAACGGGGACGCCAUUGGCUGCAUCCUCGGACGACGCAAGCACCCCAGCUCUGCUGGACUUGAAACGGAAAACAAAGCAGAUCGUGCAGACCCUCUCUUCGCCAGAACAACCUGCAGCGGGGAAUAUCGUCUCGAAACCAUACACGAUCCACUACCAGUCCGACCGGGACAGCGAUGUGCUGGUGCUGGUGAUAACGGCAGAGUCUUUCCCCAGCCAGUUGGCACUGAGCUAUCUCUGCGAGCUCCACGACGAGUUUGUCCACAUCCACUCGAAGGAGCUGCAGUCGGCGUCGCAAAGACAAGAGACACUCAGACCGUACCAGUUUAUGUCGUUUGAGACGUUCAUCUCCAAGACAAAGAGGGUUUAUGCCGACUCAAGAGCCAAGGACGGCCUCUCCGACGUCAACAAUCAGCUGAGAGACGUGAAGAACAUCAUGAACAAAAACAUCAACGACUUGCUCAACAGAGGUGAAGAGCUACACACGUUGCAGGACCUUUCGUCGUCCUUGAGAGAGCAGAGUAUCAAGUACAAGAAGUAUGCAAAGAAGAUCAAUUGGGACCUCUUCAUAAAGCAGUACGCCCCGCUCACCAUCGUCGUCCUUGUUGUUAUCCUCAUUCUCUACAGAUGGAUUGCUUGAGCCAUCACGAACGGCACCCAAGGUUUUACAAAUCAUAUAGUCUAAUCU